AUGGCGGCGAUGAACCUCAGCCGCGAGCAGCAGAAUGAGCUUCUCUUUGUCGGAUUCAACCAGGACUAUGGCUGCUUUGCCUGUGGCACCGACACGGGCUUCCGCAUCUACAACUGCGACCCGUUCAAGGAGACUUUUCGCCGAGACUUCUCCAGCGGGGGCAUUGGCAUCGUCGAGAUGCUAUUCCGCUGCAACAUCCUUGCCAUUGUGGGCGGCGGGCGCAACCCCCGCUAUCCGCCCAACAAGGUUAUGAUCUGGGACGACCACCAGAGUCGCAACAUUGGUGAGCUCAGUUUCCGCAGCGAGGUCAAGGCCGUCAAGCUUCGUCGCGACCGGGUUGUUGUCGUGCUCCAAAACAAGAUUUACGUCUACAACUUUGCCGAUCUCAAGUUACUGGACCACAUCGAGACGAUCGCGAACCCCAAGGGCCUUGUCGCGCUCUGCCCGAGCUCAACGAACACGGUCCUCGCCUGUCCCGGCGUCUCGCGCGGGACGGUCAGAAUAGAGCUCUACGACCAGCGCAAGACGACGCUUAUCACGGCACAUGAAGCCGAUCUUUCUCAAAUGUGCCUCAACUUGGAGGGCACGCGACUUGCGACAGCGUCCGACAAGGGCACGCUCAUCCGCAUCUUUGAUACGCAGAGCGGCCAGCUAAUGCAGGAGCUGCGGCGUGGCGCCGACAAGGCAGAGAUCUACAGUGUGUGCUUCAGUCCCAACUCGCAGUACCUCGCGUGCUCGAGCGACAAGCACACGGUGCACAUCUUUGCGCUGACAAAGGAAGGCGGCGGCGCGGAAGGCGCGGCGCCGCUCUCGACGUCGGCCCACCGCAACAGCCAAACGGGGCAGCGCUACUCGUCCGGGUCGCUCACACAGUCGACGCCCAUUGCCCGCGAAGACGACAGCACAGAAAACUCCAAGUCGAACUUUUCGUUCAUGCGCGGGCUCUUGCCCAAGUACUUUAGCUCGGAGUGGAGCUUUGCGCAGUUUCGCGUGCCCGAGACGCGCACCAUCUGCGCGUUCGGCGUCGACAAGAACACGAUCAUUGUCGUUGGCGCCGACGGCUCGUUUUACAAGGCGGUCUUUGACGCGAAUGGCGAGUGCGAGCGCACGUCGUACUCCAAGUUUAUCCAGACCGAAGACGACGAGUAG